UUAAGACUCUGAAUAUUGGUCCAGCCGGAGCUUGAACCCUCGACCUCCCGCACAACAGACCGACAUCUACUUAAACCUGGAUGUAAAAUGUAAAGGUUUCCUCCAAUCAUCCCCCUCUGGUUUCCCUUUGAAGUUUGGUGUUGGUAUAUCUCUCCGCACGCAGAGCCCUUACAUUUGCAAUUACUACUUUGCCAAAUGUCCAGUUUUUCGAAUUGAAGUAAUUCGAGUUAAUUUCAAAUUUUCCUCUCGAAAAUAUUGAACUUGAUGAACUCAUAAGGAGGUCUAUUCUGCGUUGAGCCAGGCGACGAAAGUGGUAACAUUUUUGGUGUAAAAAGAAGCAAAUGGAUGUUGUCUAGUGUACAUAGUGUGUGCUUAUCAACGGUAAGUUACGCUUCCUCGGCAAGCUUAUGUGUUUACACUUAUUAGAACCAUGUAAAGACAAGAACGAGACUAAAAAUAAGAGCCAAAGUUUAAGGAUUACUUAAGUGCUUGUAGAGCAAAUUCAAUUCCAUUCAUAAUGAAUAAGAUAUGAAAAUGUCACGAAAUUUCUGGUACAUUUUUUCGUGCAAAAGUGAGGAUUUCAUCGCCUACUGUCUUAUUCUGAUAAGAAAAAUUGCGUCACGUUUCCUCUCCCCAAAAGUCGGAAGCUCACUUUCCUUCGCACGCAACGUUCCUUUAAUUUAUGUUCACCUAUCAUGUCCUGGUUCGUUUUGUUUUGUUUUUAUUUCCUAUCGAAGGAAAUCUGCGUAAUAUCCCUUUCGAACGCGGAGGUUAUCUAAAGGUUUAAAAUGUGUUUUCUCUCUUUUUACCCCCAAAAAUUGGACGGUUGGUUUCCUUCGAUUCAAACCUCCUUUGAUAUUUGUUUGCUUGUUUGUUUUGUUUCGCUAGUUUUUUUUUUGUUUUUGAUUUUAUUUUUUUACUUAUUUCUUAUCAUUCAACAGACACAUGUGAGGGAUGUAAAAUAUCUAUCUAACAAAGAGUCUGAAACUUUAUUGAAACCGAUCAGUGCAGCUUUUACUGGGUUGGAUCAAGCCUCACGCAUCAGAAUGACUUCUGUUUCCCUAAGUUCCACCUUACCGCCAGUGGUGCUUUUUAUGAUGACAAAUCUCUUUGCUUCGAAGCAUGCAGCCCCGAUGCCUUGCCAUAUCGACAAUGGAGGCUCCCUGAGAGAGAUACAGGAAAAACUUGGACAGCUUCAAAUGGUAGUAAAACUUUUAAAGGAAAACAAGAGAGCAGGGAUAUCCAAGAACUGUGCUGAGCUGUACAAAUCCGGUAGAAGAGUCAGCGACGUCUACACAAUCGACCCUGACGGUUCAGGUGCCUUCGAUGUAUACUGUGACCAAACAACAACUGGUGGGGGAUGGACAGUAUUUCAAAGAAGAUUCGAUGGCUCUGUUGAUUUCAACCGCACCUGGGAUGACUACAAACAUGGCUUUGGCAGUUGCCUCAAAGGAGAGUAUUGGCUGGGAUUGGACAAGAUCCGUCGCCUGACGAGAAAUGAAGCAGAAAACAGACUUCGAGUGGACCUUGGAGUGACCGCUAACAAAUCCGUUCACGGUGAAUACGAGUGGUUUGGAUUAAGAGACGAGAAAGCUAAAUACCAAUUGAGCCUUGGAAAUCUAUCAGACAACUCCACUGUUAAUGAUUCUCUCCGCCAUCAUGUGGGCCAGUUUUUUCACACGUGGGAUAAGACUGAUUGUGCCUCUACUGAUCGCAUGAACAUUGGUGGAGGAGACGCCGGUAAUUCUUUUGAUAAAAAUAACAAGGCUCGAUUUUUAACAAGUGAAAGAGACGAGUACCAGUGCCCUAAGACACUUGGAGCUUGGUGGUUUCCCGAAAAUAACUGUGGUAACUCCAACCUUAACGGUGAAUUCCAACAUGGAGAUGGUUUAAGAUGGACACACUGGAGUAAAUAUCAGCCUGGAAUCUCAGCCACCAAAGUUGACAUGAAGAUUAAGCCGGAUUGCACAGAAUAA